AUGACAGCAGAUCCUGGUCUCUCCAAGCUGGUGGACGGUGCAAUAGGUGUUUUGGCAUUUGACGAGAAUCAUCAGGUGGUGGACUGGGCAGGCAUAGGCAAAGACAGGGUGAGCGACAUCCCACAGCUAAGCGCAGCAGAGGUAGAUCAGGAGGGUUUUGCGGUGCUGCGCGACGGCGGGUUAGAGGUAAUGCUCCUGCGAGAGGAUGACAAGACUGUCGCUGUGUACCGGGAAGUGGCAGAAUAG